AUGCUGAAGCGCAGAGAAAACCUGCUUAUACUUCCGUGGCAGCAGCGACGCUUCAAAAGCCACAGAGAAAAGAUAAAAUCAGCCAGGCCCGUGAUCGACUCGGGACCUCCUAAAGACCGUGGACAUGUAACUGUUAAACUGAAAAAACUGCAAUGCGAAGAAGAACGUACUGAGAAAAUAAAACAAGACAACAUUCGGUUGCUGCAGAGGAUGACUGCUAUAAUGAGAACAAGCCGGUUGGAUAACCAGUGGAUAACUGAGCCUUCAAGAAGUCUAGAGAAGAAAAAUAGUAUGCCAUGCCGAAUUGGAAUUUAUGGGCAGCUGGCUGUAAGUAAGAAGAUCAAAGACGAAAUGAAGUUGCCAGAUCUUGUGGAUAAAAAAUCUGAAUGUAGUGCUUGCAGAAUCAAACAGAUGCAGAGAGAGUUUGAAGAUGUCCAGCCUAAACAAGAAUAUUUGAGGAGAGCAAAAAUGGCCAUCUUACCAAGAGAAUCAGAUUUUGACUUGAGCGUCGAUGAGAGCCGAAAGUUAAAGAAAGAAAGGCCAAAAUCUGCCAAAGGAAAGACAAGAUGGAGUGCGCAUCCAACAAGAUACAGCACCAAACCCGUGGUCAAACUGAGACCGUUGUCUGGUAACAAGGUUGUGUUCACUCGAGGUCCUCUAGAAGUCAGCGUCAGUUACCCAAACCACACACAAGUGGUACUGAAAAGGAUCGGCUCCGAACCCAGAAUCAUCGAUUCAGAGUUUUGCCAGUGCAGAGCUCCAAAACUGAAGGAAGAAAACAAAAUAGUCAGCAAAUAAUAAUAGACAGUGAUUGAAUCCAUGUCAUGGUAAAAAUAAUAUUUAAUUAAUGCAAAAGAAUUUACAGUACAUAAUUUGAUUAGGAUUUUAGCUUUCAAUUGAUAAUUUUAUUAAAUUAGUUGUCAGUUAUACAAUAUAAGUAUAGUAUAUAAGCAAAUCUUUCAAUGCUUGAUAAAUUAAAAGCAUUUAAAAAAAAGAAAAAUAAUUACAUUAAAAGAAAAAAAUCUGGCU